UCACCAUCGUAGGUUGGCCCGUCAACAACGUCAGAGACUCUCCAGUUUCUUUUUUCUUAAAAAAACACUCAUCUAUAUAUAGCACACCUGAUGACCGAUGGCUCUCCGUGCCUCUGGCCAUUUGUUCCUCAACAGUGCAAGCUAGCUAGUGCAGGGGAGGACCAAAGAACAGAAAAGUACAAGAAGGCCGAAAGAGCCAUGUCGGCAAUGGUGGUGAGCGCAUACAAGGGGGUGAUCGACUCUGUUCUUGCGAAGCUCAUAGCGCUGAUGACAGGGGACAUGUGCUCCACCUUCAUAGGCGUGUCCAGCGCAGACGUCCUGUUUCUCAGGGACGAGCUGCCCGCCAUGAAUGCUCUCCUCGAGAAGCUGGACGACGCUGAAGAUCUUGAUCCGGAGGCAAAACACUGGAGGAAGCAAGUCAGGGAAAUGGCCUACGACAUCGAAGACUGCAUCGAUGAUUUCAGUAGCAACGUGGCAAGCGUCGACGCAAGGGCAGGCUUCCUCCAGAAGGCUUCCCAUUUCCUCAAGACCUGCAGGGCCCAUCUUGAGGCUGCCUGGCAGAUCAAGGAGCUCAAGACUCGUCUGCUGGAGAUCAAUGAGCGGCGUAAGAGGUACAGAGCUGAGGACUCCAUCUCUAGCACUGCAGCAUCAGUGAUGGUUGAUCCUCGCAUAUCGGCAUUCUACAAGGAGGCGGCCAGCCUUGUGGGCAUUGAUGGCCCGAAGAGAGAGCUUACCAAAUUGGUCAUGGAUGGAGAGAAGAAGCUAAAGGCUAUGUCCAUCGUUGGUUUUGGAGGAUUAGGCAAGACCACCCUUGCUAGUCAGGUGUACCGUGAAGUUGGAGGGCAGUUCAACUGCAAGGCAUUUGUGUCUGUUUCUCAGAAGCCAGACAUGGUGAGGCUACUCACAAGUGUGCUACUACAGCUCAAGCAACACCCCUCUCAUGCUUGCGGGGUCCAACAUCUCAUCGACAACCUCAGGGAAUAUCUAAUGGACAAGAGGUACUUAAUUGUAGUGGAUGAUUUGUGGGAUGUUCCCUCAUGGAAUAUUAUUGAAUGUGCUUUUCCACAAAAUAAUGAGCAUAGCAGAGUUAUAAUAACUACAAGACAUGGGGAUGUGGCUAGGACAUGUUCCAGUGACCAUGGAUGCAUCCAUAAUAUGAAGCCCCUAAAUGAGCAAGACUCAAGGAAAUUAUUCUUUAAUAGAAUAUUCGGAUCUAAAGAUGAAUGUCCUUCUCACUUGACAGAAGUUUCAUGCAAAAUUUUGAAGAAGUGUGGUGGCCUACCGCUCGCAAUUGUUACUGUAGCUAGUAUUUUAGCUUGCCAUCCUAUGAGGCUGAAGGAGCAGUGGGAGUACAUUCAAAGUUCUCUGGCCACUAAUAAAUUUGCAAGAAAGUCCACCUUGGAAGAACUGAUGCAUAUCUUAGAACUCAGCUACAAGAGUCUCCCCCGUCAUCUGAAGGCAUGCUUUCUUUAUCUCGGUGCUUACCCAGAGGAUUGUGUGAUUAGCAAGGCUGAGCUAGUUAAACGGUGGGUGGCAGAAGGUUUUGUGAGUAACAACUCUCUUGGACAAGAUGCAUGGGUUGUUGGGGAGAGCUAUUUCAAUGAGCUGGUCAAUAGAAGCAUGAUCCAACUUCCACAUCAGGACUACUACACUGAGAUAUCUCAUUGCAGAGUCCAUGAUAUGAUGCUUGAUAUGAUUUUAAGGAGGUGCAAGGAAGACAACUUCAUCAGCGUCAUACAUGAUCCACAAGCAGCUACAGAAGCGCAAGACAAGAUUCGCCGACUCACCGUCAAUCUGAAUGGUGCAGAGGCUAGCACAAUGGCUAUGACCGUUACUAGGCAAGUGUCGCAAGUCCGUUCUCUUGCCGUAUUUGGAGCAUCCAAGUGGGUACCUCCUUUGUUGGAGUUCAAGUUUCUACGAGUGCUGUUCCUUGAAUUCUUCUUGCGUGAGAUGGUAAUCGACCUCACGGGUAUCAACCAACUGCCGCAGCUGAGAUACUUGAAGGUUGAGUGCAAGGAAUGCCUGUUGGAUGGAGACAUACCAUCACAGCUCUCCAUAAUGCUGCCUGGUCAGAUCCGAAGGCUGCAGUACCUGGAGACUUUGGAAUUGCCUUGGGUAUCAGAAUGCAGCAUUCCAUCAAUAUCAGGUGUUGUUGAUCUGCCACGGUUGUCCCACCUUGUGUUGCGACAGCAUAAGGGGGGAUUGCCGGAUGGGAUUGGGAAAGUGAAAUCGCUGCGCACUUUGCACGGCUUCAAUCUACCAGGGAGCUCACUGGAAAAUAUUGGUGGCCUCGGCGAGCUCACCAGCCUGACUGACCUGUCCCUCCAUUGUGGCAAAGGGCAACAGAAAUCAACCACACCAGGAUGGAUGGCUGCUCUGAGUUGCUCCCUCGAGAAGCUCAACAACCUCAGAGGGCUUUCUGUGAGGUCUAACAGUCUCAGCUGCUGUGCUGACGCAAUGAGCAGCUGGUCUUCACCUCCUUUCCUCAACCUCGAGAAGCUUGACCUGCUUGACUGGACCUUCUCUGAAGUUCCCAAAUGGAUUGGCCGUCUCCAUAGCCUCCGGGAGCUGGCACUGGGAGCGAAGCAGAUACUGCAGGAAGAUGUCAGCAUGGUUGGGACAAGGCUGCCCUUGCUCAUCCAUCUAAGCCUACGCGUCGUUCCUGCAGGCAUCCCGGCCAAGGAAACACAGAUGAUCAUGAUAGCAGGCUCCAUGGGAUUCACGGCUCUCCGGUUCUUCUGUUUCGACUCUAGCAGGAUGUCGUGCCUGGCAUUUGGGGCAGGUGCUAUGCCCCGGCUCCGGCGCCUGCUGGUAGGACUGGAUCCACUGCAAUGGGACGAGGCCACGCCUGUUGGGCUCGAGCACCUCUCACGCCUCGAGGAAAUCCGAGUACUGACGGCAUCCCCAUCUGCUGCUGCUGCUGCGGGAUCUGAAUCGAUGAAAGUCGACAGGUCCGCGCUUGUCAAGGGCAUGUUCCAGGAUGCUGCCAGUGCUCUCCCGAGUCGCCCGGCAUUUACCCUGCUCCCAAGGAUUCGUUCCCUCUCUGAUCACAUAAAUUGCUGUAAAAUUAAUAUGGAGACUGUCGCCUGUAAGUAGGAAUUUUUUUUAAUGCAAUGUCUGUACUCGUCACAACGAGCCCCUUAUGUACAUGAGGACUGGUCACCAUUGUACUCAAGUUUCACAUA